GCUGGGGUUUGGUUUUGGCAGUUGGGUUUUUUGGUUGGCGCCACGAUAAAUAACUUGUUGUAUUGCUUUCAGACAAGGUCUCUCGGAAACAACUCCCUCUAAUGUCUUCAACACUUUCAAUUGGAAGGUUGCCUUCUUUGGUUUCUUUAUUCAGGGGUCCCCAUGCCAAAAGAAAAAUGGCGCUAACUGGAGCCAUAGUGUUUGCUGCUCUAGCCGCGGAAGAAUGGUGGAGGAGGAAACAACCAGACAAACGCACUGCACUUGCCGUGCAAAAUUCAAUGGAACGCAGGAGACAACGAAGAGACAGGAAAGUUCGUGUGGACAAAGUGUUUGCGAAGAAUUUGUGGUAUUUUGUCAAAAUUAUGUUUCCUAGUCUAAGGUGCAAGGAAUUCGGAACUGUAUUGCUGGUUGGUUGCUUAUUGACUGCUAGAAGCUAUUUGGAUAUUUGGGUCUCUGAUAAUGGAGGUGACGUGGUGAAAGCAAUAGUUGGCAGAAAUAUCAAAAGGUUCAUUCGAAAAGCAGUGCUCAAUAUACUGCUCAUGUCAGUGCCUAUUUCGUUGGUGAACAAUUUGCUCAAAUACACUAUUUCAGAACUUCAAAUAAUGAUGAGGAGACGUCUUACUCUCUACUUUCAUGAAGAGUACUUAUCCAAUCAAACCUACUACAAAGUGUGUAAUUUGGAUACGAGAAUUCAAAAUGUUGACCAGUUGCUCAGUCAAGACGUAGACAAAUUUACAACAUCGCUUGCAACUCUGUAUUCCAACGUAGCGAAGCCUUUGUUGGAUAUCGUCCUGUUUUCAAAAAGACUUGCUCGCACUCUUGGUUCAUCAGGACCUCUCAUUAUGAUUGUGUAUUUUCUUGUGACGAGUGCCAUUUUACGAGCCAUUCAACCUCCCUUUGGUCGUUUGACUGCAGAUGAACAAAAACUGGAAGGAGAAUAUCGUCUUAGACAUUCGCGCUUGAUUACACACUCAGAAGAAAUAGCAUUUUAUGGUGGUGGCAAUCGAGAGAAGCUUUAUAUAAACGAAUCCUUUACCAGAGUAAUUCGUCAUCUUAGAAAGAUAUUGCGCCUGAAACUUUAUAUUGGAGUGAUUGACUCGUUCUUAGUGAAAUAUUUGGCAACGAUUGUUGGUUAUUGUAUUGUUUCAGUUCCUAUAUUUCUGAGUAGAAUGCAAGAUUCAGACCAAGCCUCGAAUGCCGUUUCUUCCUCGUUAGGUCAUUUUUCUAGUACAGAUGCUGAGGAAGAAGAUCGAUUGGUGCGUACUGGUGGUGCUAAGGAACAUAUUAUUAAGGGUCAAGAAGAUAUUGCAGCACUCUAUACUCGAAACUCGAGGUUGUUGAUGUCAUUGUCCAGCGCCAUUGGAAGAAUUGUAUUAGCAGGAAAGGAGUUGCCACGUAUCUCCGGCUACUGUGCUAGAGUGACGGAGCUGGAACAAGUUCUUUAUGAAGUUUCUCAAGGUUAUGCCGAAAAUGGCAGUAAUUCGAAUACUGGUCCACCCAAAGGCUUAACUCCUGUAUUUUCUGUGGCUUCCAGUAUAGAUUUAUUUUCUAGUUCCAGCGAUUUGGUUUCUUUGAAGAAUCAUGAAGCGGAAGAGCUUUCUUCUCUUUGUACUCCUGGAAAGGUCAUUAGAAAUGACAUGAUUCGUUUUGAACACGUGAAUAUUAUUUCGCCUGAUCGGACAAUUUUGUGUCGUGAUUUGAAUCUUGAAGUGCCACAAGGAACAAAUGUACUUAUUACUGGUCCUAAUGGUUGUGGCAAAUCUUCCCUAUUUCGUGUUCUUGCAGGUUUAUGGCCUUUAUAUGGUAAAACCUUGUAUCGACCUGAGCCAUCUAAAAUCUUUUAUGUUCCGCAACGUCCUUAUUUGGCAUUGGGUACCCUUCGUGACCAAAUCAUCUAUCCAUUAACGAAAGAAGAAGCUGAAGAGCGUGGUUGUACUGAUGAUAUGUUGAGAAAAUUAUUGCAUGAUGUGUACUUGGAUGAAGUUGGUAAUAGAAAGGGAGGACUAGAUGCUGUUUGUGACUGGUCUGAUGUGUUAUCAGGAGGCGAGAAACAAAGAAUAGCCAUGGCAAGGUUAUUUUAUCACCAACCUAUGUAUGCAGUAUUAGAUGAAUGUACUUCUGCAGUGAGUUUGGAUGUUGAAGGACAUUUAUACGAAUCUGCAAAGAAACGCAACAUCACUUUGUUAACCGUUAGUCAUCGUCCUAGUUUGUGGCGUUUUCAUGAGAAAAUUUUGCGUUUUGAUGGCCAAGGUGGCUAUUCUUUUAAGGACUUGGAUCCUGCGGAGAUUCCACCAGUUCAUGAUGGCAAUCUUUCCAAUCCAUCAUCUCAUUCAAACAAGUCGACGGUAUACAAUGGGAAGAAGGAACAAGGAUUGGCUACGAUUCCAAGUGAGGAGGAGGAGGAGGAGGAUAGUUCAUCCAACAGCAGUACCGUACCCGCUAGGAAAAGAUUGGAAGAGACCGAUAUCACAUCAGAGUGAAGUAACCAUCGUUGUGUUUUUGGGUUUCUAUUUUGUAAAUAAAUAAAAUAUGGGAUUCUUUUCCCAUAGUGUUUUGCAUAGUCAAGGUUCAGAGGCUUUUUGUUG